AUGUUUGUCAAACACAAUGCAAAUAAGGUUGUUGUACUUAUUGUAUAUGUGGAUAACAUAGUAGUGACAGGAAAUGAUGAGGAGGAAGUGACGCAUCUCAAGAGGCAAUUGGCCAAGGAAUUUGAGAUCAAAGAUCAUGGCUCUUUGAGAUACUUUCUUGGAAUUGAAGUUGCUAGAUCUGACAAAGACAUCUUUAUUUCUCAAAGGAAGUAUGUUCUAGAUCUUGGAGAAACUAGCAUGUUGGAUUGCAAACCUUCUGAUUCGCCCAUUGAAGCUAACCAUCGUCUCUGCAGUGGUGUUGGUGAUAAGGAUAGGUACCAGAGACUUGUGGGAAGACUUAUAUAUCUAUCCCAUACUCGUCUCUAUAUUGCUCAUGCAGUCGGAAUAGUGAGUCAAUUCAUGCAUGAUCCUCGUGCAACAUAUUUAGAUGCAUCAUAUUGUAUUUUGAGGUACCUUAAAUCAGCUCCAGGAAAAGGGAUUCUGUUUUCAAAUCAUGGCCACUUGAGGUUAGAGGUCUUCACGGAUGCAGAUUGGGCUAGUUCUAUAGAUGACAGGCGAUUUACUUCUGGUUACUGCGCUUUUGUGGGGGGGAAAUUUGGUUACCUAGCAUAG